UUUGAGUUGUUGUCUGCCCGAAGGAAUGGUUUUUAAAAAUUCUGAAUUAGUGUGUUUGGCCAAGUCCCACCACAAUCUCCUUCCCGGUGACCGUUGUUACGUUGUGCGUGUGUUGGAAAACGAACGCACCCCUCCACCAACCAAGGCAAAGCGUGAUAUCGAACUCUCAUAACAUCGAGUGUUAACGCAUGAGAAUCACAUUUGAGGUCAUUUUAUCCUCCUCACUGGUCGAUUAGAAAGAGGAACGUGGUAGGUUGUGUCGACUAGAGGACAAAUAAUGGUAUUUCUGACGUUAUCGUGUUGGAUCCGCAGUCGUGGACCCGACAGAUACUGGAAAGUCCAAGAAGUUCUCAAACAUGCGCGGCAUUUCAGAGGCAGAAAGAAUCGCUGCUACAGUCUGGCUGUGCGGGCUGUCAGGAGGGCUUUCGUGUACGCCACUAAAGCCCGAAAGCUCAAGAAACGGAGCAUGAGGACGCUUUGGAUCUCACGCAUUGCAGCAGCAACACGAGAGCACAGCAUGAAGUAUCCUGCCCUCAUGCACAACCUCACAAAGACCAGCGUUCAGCUCAACCGCCGGGUAAUCAGCGAUCUGGCCGUCACAGAACCUCAGACUUUCCUCUCACUGGCAAAACUGGCACGAGCUCGGCAACAGGAGGGCUUUCGAGCGGCGUUGGGCGACGGCUCAGAGCCCACGGGUGUCCUCUCUCGCAUUGUCAUGCUGCAGUAAAGGACUCCCCAAUUUCCAUGUGUUCUGCAAUUGAAAGAGCCGUGCUCUGGGAUUGUUGAUGCUUUUCAAACUCACCUACUUCACAUGUGAUAUUGUUUUCAUAUAAGAUAUAUUCAGAUUGGUUUACUUAUGUGAACCUUUAUCAGUCACUCUCUCAGGGACCCUUGAGACCAGGGUCUUGCUCUCAGUGUUGCUUUGUUUAAAAAAAAAAACAACAACUGCUGCACUGUUUUGAUCCCUGUCAUUUAACAACUUUGUUUCUUUGACCAUAGUGUGGUUGUACUGUCCGUAAAGAGUGGCUGAUCUGAGAGCUCACUCAUUUUGAAAUAUGUUUCUGACUGUAGCUAGUAAAUGCAUAAAAAUAUUUUGGAUAUUUUUUUACAGUUAUCACAAAGAGAUCAUUAUUAUCCAAAUUGCAGCAGUGGUUAAAAGCAAAGAAACAUUAUUAUUUAAAAAAGCUGUCAUCAGUCCUUAUGUGUUGUUGCCUUUAGUAACGUCCCUCUUGGUUACUCCUUUUUUUCAUAACCGAGAACUUCAUUCAUUUCUGUGUAAAAGACAAACCUUCUUAAGUUAUUAAAAUGGUUAUUAAAACUAUUUUCAGGAGGUUGGAUUUCCUUUUUCUAUGUAAAUAAAUAUUUGACCAUUUAUUGUGAAGACGCUAUUCUCUAAAUGUUCAUUAAA